UGUGCAACACAUCAGUCACCGACUCACCGGUGCAAAUGUUAGCUGCCUAUUGUCCAAGGCUCUGACUUAUUAUGGCUUUAUCAACAGUAGCCACUGGUCUAACAAGCUCCCUCCUCUGUUCAUCUCGCCUCAGGCAUUCUCUUCCUACACUCUCUCUCCUCAACUUCGCUUUCUAUCCUCUCAUCACCACCUCUCAUUACCGGCGCCGGAGCUUGAUAACCAUGGCGGCGACGCCCGAAGCGAAGGUUACGGCACCAUACGGCUCGUGGAAAUCGCCAAUCACCGCCGAUGUUAUCGCCGGUGGCGAGAAGCGCCUCGGUGGAAUCUCCGUCGAUGGUCAUGGCCGCCUUGUUUUGCUUGAGUCUCGUCCUACUGACGGAGGACGAGGUGUCCUUGUUAGAGAAGCUGAUGAUGAGGAAAUGGCACCAGUGGACAUCACUCCCAAAGAAUUUUCUGUUCGCUCAUGUGCUCAGGAAUAUGGAGGGGGUGCCUUUGCAAUAUCUGGAAAUAAAGUAAUAUUCUCGAACAAUAAGGAUCAAAGACUCUACCUGCAGUCAAUUGCUCCUGGAGAUUCUUCUCCCUCACCAAUUACUCCAGAUUAUGGUGGUCCAAAAGUUUGCUAUGCGGAUGGAGUGUUUGAUCCUCGCUUUCCCCGUUUUAUCACUGUAAUGGAAGAUCAACGUCUAAGUCACUUAAAUCCAGUCACCACAAUUGCAGCAGUUACCCUUGGAGGUCAUGAUGUGCAAGAACCUAAAAUUUUAGUUGGAGGGAAUGAUUUCUAUGCUUUCCCGCGCUUGGAUUCUAAAGGGGAGCGAAUUGCUUGGAUUGAGUGGGGGCAUCCCAACAUGCCAUGGGACAGAUCAGAGCUUUGUGUUGGCUACAUAUCUGAAAAUGGAGAUAUCUCCAAACGGAUCUGUGUCGCUGGUGGGGAUCACACCCUUGUUGAGUCUCCAACUGAGCCCAAGUGGACACCUGAAGGUGAUCUACUUUUCAUCACUGACAGGAAAAAUGGAUUCUGGAAUCUGUAUAAGUGGAUUGAAUCUAAAAAUGAGGUCAUUGCUCUUUAUUCCAUGGAAGCUGAAUUCGCAAGGCCUUUGUGGGUUUUUGGCAUGAGCUCUUAUGAAGUCAUAAACAGUCGUGAUCAAACAAACUUAAUUGCUUGUAGCUAUAGGUUGAAAGGGAGAUCAUAUGUUGGAGUCCUUGAUGAUGCUCAGAGCUCUUUAUCUCUUCUUGACAUUCCUUUCACAGAUAUAAGCAAUAUUACAGUAGGUCCCAAUUGCUUGUAUAUUGAGGGAGGAUCUGCUUUACAUCCAUUAUCAGUGGCAAAGGUGUUGUUGGAUGAUCAGAAAAUAAAAGCAGUAGAUUUUAGCAUUAUGUGGUCUUCGUCACCAGAAAGUUCAAAAUAUGAGUCAUAUUUUAGCUUGCCGGAGUUAAUUGAAUUCCCUACUGAGACAUCUGGACAAACUGCUUAUGCAUACUUCUAUCCUCCUGCUAGCCCUGCACAUCAAGCUGGUACUGGGGAAAAACCUCCACUUUUGUUGAAAAGUCAUGGAGGACCCACUGCAGAGACUCGUGGAAUCCUUAAUCUUAGCAUACAGUACUGGACCAGCCGUGGUUGGGGGUUUGUCGACGUUAAUUAUGGUGGAAGUACAGGUUAUGGAAGAGAAUACCGGGGGCGUUUGUUGAAGAACUGGGGCAUUGUUGAUGUUGAUGAUUGUUGCAGUUGUGCUAAAUUUCUGGUGGGCAACGGCAAGGUAGAUGGUAAUCGACUCUGUAUAACUGGGGGUUCUGCUGGUGGAUAUACAACAUUAGCUGCUCUUGCUUUUAGGGAGACUUUCAAAGCCGGGGCUUCUUUGUAUGGGGUGGCUGACUUAAACUUACUUAGAGCUGAAACACACAAGUUUGAAUCACAUUAUAUUGACAAUCUUGUUGGAGAUGAAAAAGCUUAUCACGAGAGGUCGCCCAUCAACUUUGUUGAUAAAUUUUCUUGUCCAAUUAUUCUUUUCCAGGGAUUGGAGGAUAAGGUUGUACCUCCUGAUCAAGCUCGAGUGAUCUACAAAGCAUUGAAGGAGAAGGGUUUGCCUGUUGCCCUUGUUGAGUAUGAAGGUGAACAGCAUGGGUUUCGGAAGGCUGAAAACAUCCAAUUCACUAUUGAGCAACAAAUUGUCUUCUUUGCACGCACAAUAGGAAAGUUUAAAGUGGCUGAUGAUAUCACUGCAAUCAAGAUUGAUAACUUUGACUAAGUUGCACCACGUAUGAUUGCUUUUGUGGGGGGUGUUUGACUCAAUCAUGGCUUAUACAGUGACCAUGGCGAUCCUGUGAUUCUUUCGCUAUGGUUAGUGGCUCAUAUUAUUGACACGCAAUGAUGUUGGCCUCCCGAAACAUUGGAUUAUGCUGAGGCGUAUAAUCUGUAAGCAGCAGUGUUAUUUUCCUUUUCUUUUUUCUUCUGGAAGAGGGGGGUUGUUUUAGUGGAAAACGUCCUUUGUAGUUAAUCUGCAGCACCUCACUGGAAGUGAUUGGAUAAUCAUCCCUGAAAAGUGCCUUCAUAUUCUGCUUAUUUCUGUUCUGUUUCAGAUGCUUGUUUCUGGGAAAGUCCCCAAUGAUUUCAACUUUGUAUAAUCAUAGAAACAUAUGCUUACCUACAGUUAGGUUUUUCUUCUUGUCACUUUCAAUUUUUAGCAUUCUGCAAAUUGGAAAGGAUCAUGACUAAAAAGAAUAGCUUUUCUUUUCACAAGUGAGUAUAGGUUCAGGUUGUCUUUUUUGCUUUUA